CGAGUUCCGAAGCCCACUAGUGGAAUACCUUUGUUACAUUUCUGCUCAUAUCCGUAACAACCCAGGAGCACCAUGAGGUUGCAAGGAUAUUCAAAUACAUAUUUACUGAUGUUCCUGCUGUGUAUAUUUGCCAUGACUUGUGUCCAGGGAGCGAAUAGUGAUAGUACUGGCCAAGUUACUAGUGAAGAUGUGCAACACGAUAUUGAGCAAGUGAUAACAUGUGCAAACAAUACGAAAAGUCUAGGAAUUCUCGUAUCACAGGCUGGACUACUUUAUAAGAACGCUGUUAUUGUCUUGCCCAUACCUAUUCGACUACAACAACAACGAUUUAUCAGAAAUAUCUUAAAUUUUAUUGCAUAUAUAGUAAAUGCUAUAAUGCCAUUUUCUCAAAUGUCAGAUAUAUUUUCAAAUCUGAUAAUACCACUUUUGGAAAUACAUUCGUUAACUCACUAAAAUUAUUCAGAACUAACAAAUUAUUUAACAGAACAGCAAUAAUGAUUUAAAUAAUAUUAACCUUAUUAUUAUUAUUUAAAUGCGACGCGUAUGUAUUGUACAAUGCAACAGACGCAAAAUCAUAUCAAUGAAUACACAUCUACUUUUGUUCGCGCGCGCAUCUCGUUAAUUAUUUAUUUAAAGAUAAUAUGAUUAUAUCUGUAAUGAUAAAAUGAAGAAUACAGAUAAUAUCAACUAUCAAAAUACAACAAAGCAGUUUCUAGAAUAUUAUAACUUUCAAAAUUUAUGUAUAUCAAACGUGUAAAGUAUAUUAAAUGUAUAAUUUAAAGAUAAUUAUGAAUGUAAUCAAGUCGUCUAAAUAAAUGUCAGAUUAUCGAUAACAAA